AUGGGCGAGCCGCUGCUCGAGUACGCCUUUCGCGGCUACAACACCUGCCUCUUUGCCUACGGCCAGUCGGGCAGUGGCAAAACCUACACGAUGAUGGGCAGCGAGGUGGUGCCCGGCAUCAUUCCCCGCUUCCUCAAUGACCUCUUCAAGCGCAUCAGCUCGCCGCGCGCCUCCUAUCUCCCCUCCGGCACCACCACCACCACCGAGUACAUCGUCAACGUCAGCUUCAUGGAGAUCUACAAUGAGAAGAUCCACGACCUCCUCGCCGACCAGUUUGAGGCCAUCCGCAAGGGGCCGCUGAAGGUGCGCGAGCACCCCGAGACCGGGCCCUUCGUAGAGGACCUGACGGUGUACACGGUGGAGAGCUACGAGAACGCGAUGGAGCUGCUGGCUAGCGGAAAUGAGCGCCGUACGACGGCGAGUACGGCGGCCAACGAGCAGAGCAGUCGCUCGCACACCAUCUUCACGGUGAUUCUCGUGCAGAACAAGACGGUGACCAAUGGAGGAGGAGGAGGAGGCGGAGGUGAUGAACCAGGCUGGGGACAGCCUCANUACAAUGAGAAGAUCCACGACCUCCUCGCCGACCAGUUUGAGGCCAUCCGCAAGGGGCCGCUGAAGGUGCGCGAGCACCCCGAGACCGGGCCCUUCGUAGAGGACCUGACGGUGUACACGGUGGAGAGCUACGAGAACGCGAUGGAGCUGCUGGCUAGCGGAAAUGAGCGCCGUACGACGGCGAGUACGGCGGCCAACGAGCAGAGCAGUCGCUCGCACACCAUCUUCACGGUGAUUCUCGUGCAGAACAAGACGGUGACCAAUGGAGGAGGAGGAGGAGGCGGAGGUGAUGAACCAGGCUGGGGACAGCCUCAGCAGGAGCAGCCGGAGGAGAGCACCACCUCGACGACCAUCAGCAAGGUGCACCUGGUGGACCUGGCGGGCAGCGAGCGCGCCUCGGCGGUGUCGGCGGCGAAGGACCGCCAGCGCGAGGGCACCUUCAUCAACAAGUCGCUGCUGACGCUGGGCAAGGUCAUCAGCCAGCUGGCGGAGCAGACUAACGGCAACUCUGCCCACCCGCACAUUCCCUACCGCGACUCGACGCUGACCUUCCUGCUGAAGGACAGUCUGGGCGGCAACUCGCGCACCUCGAUGAUCGCCACCAUCAGCCCGGCGAAGGAGCACCUCGAGGAGACGGUCAGCACGCUGCGCUACGCCUCCACCGCCUCGAAGAUCGUCAAUGUGGUGCACGUCAACGAGGACCCGAAGAUACAGAUCAUCAACAGCUUGCUGAAGCAGAUUAGCUUCCUCAAGCGGGAGGUGGAGUCGGCGACGGCGGCUGCUGCUGCGGUAAAGUCUUCGGAGGAACAGCAGCAGCAGCAGCCGAAGCAGUAUGAGACUACUGCUGCCCCUCCCCCUGCUGUUGUGCCACCACCACCGCCGCCUACGUCUUCCACUGAGCCAAAGGAGAAGGAGGAGGAGAUUGCCGUCAGCGUGGACGUCAACCUCGACGAGUCAAAGGACGUUGAGGACGGGUCCACGGCCGAGUUUGCCUCGGCGCCCACGUCGCCGCCCUCUUUUGCCCCUCCUGCCUCUCCCUCUCCAGCCACUGCUGCUACUGCCGCUCUGCCUGAGGACUACUGCAGCGGCGCCUGCACGAAGCGCAUCACCGUGAAGCUGGAGCAGCUGGACGGCAAGUUCAACCAGCUGCUGCAGAACCAGAGGAGCUUUGAGGAGAAGUUGGCGGGCUUUGUGGAGACGGUGGCCGCCUCUUCGCCGCCGCCGCCUUCCACCGGCUCAAAAACGCUGGAGGCACUGCCGCCCUCACUGGCCAUGAGCAGCAAGGUCGUCGACGAGCUGAAGUCGCUGCUGGCGAAGGUGAAGAGCGAGUCGGCCGGCAUCGGCAAGGACAAGGACAAGGACUUUGAGGCGCUGCUGAAGAGCAUGGAGUCGCCGGCGGCGGCGGUCGAUGACGACUACCUCCAGGAUGAUGAUCAUCAUCUGCUGGCCACCGUUGAGACGUCUCGAAAGGAGGAGGCGGCGUCAAAGAAUUCGCCACCGGCGGUCGCCACGGCCGCCAUUUCAGCCUGGACCAGCAAAGGCAACCACAUCCACAACAACAUCAGCAAGGACAAACCGAUGAUCACCAAACCGAUGAACGAGAAGGAGAAGAAGGCCGCGGAGGCGGCACAGAAGGCGGCCGAUGCAGCCCAGAGGCGUCAAGAGGAGAAGGAGGCCCGAGAGGCGAAGCAGAAGAAGGAAGAGGAGGAAGCUGCCAAGCGCAAGGAGGAAGCGGAAAAGAAGGAGGCUGAGGCGAAGAAGGAGGCCCGGGAAAAGGCCGAACAGGAGAAGGCGGAAAAGGUGGCCAAGCAAAAGGAGGAGAAGGAGGCCCGAGAGGCGAAGCGAAAAGAAGCGGAAGAGGCGGAGGCAAAGAGGAAGGCCGACGAGAAGGAGGCCCGAGAAAAGGCCGACAAGGAGAAGGCCGACAAGGUGGCCAAGCAAAAGGCGGAAAAGGAGGCGGCCGAGGAGAAGAAGAAGCAGGAAGAGAAGGCGGAAAGGGAGGCCAAGCAGAAGGCGGAGAAGGAGGCCAAGGAGGCCAAGCGAAAGGAGGAGGAAGCGGCGGAGGCGAAGAAGAAGGCCGACGCGAAGGAGGCCCGAGAAAAGGCCGACAAGGAGAAGGCAGAAAAGGAGGAGGCAGAGGCCAAGAAGAAGGCUGAAAAGGAGGCGGCGGAGACAAAAAAGAAGGCCCAGGCGGAAGAGGAGGAGGCCAGGAAGAAGAAGGCUGAAGAGGAGGCGGCGGCGGAGGCUGAAAAGAGAAAGGCCGAAGAGGAGGAAGCGGCAACAAAAGCAGCCAACGACAACGACGAUGAUGACGACGGUUUUAUGCCUCUCUCGAAAAAGGACAAGAGGAAGCUGCUCAAAGCGAAAAAGUUUGAAGCUGCCGAAGAGGAGGUGGAGGAGGUCGCCGCAUCAGCAGCAAAUUCCGACGAUGACGACAAUGACUUUGAGCUGCCUCCCAAGAACCUCAAAGGUAAUGCGUUGAAGAAAUGGAAAAAGGAGCAGCGAGAGAAAAACCUCGCCAAGUUGAAGAAGGCCACAGAAGAGGCGAAGGAAAAGGUGGAAGUGGAUGAGGAAAAGGGCGAGGAGGAGAUGGAAGAGGUAGCCGCCCGUCCACCGAAAAAGCUGACACCAAAAGAGCAGAAGAAGCUGGACAGGGAGAAGAAGAAGGCUGACAAAAAGAACAAGAAGGGCAAAAAGGGCGGCGGCGGCGACUCGGACGAAUCAGGCGACGACGGCGAGGAGGAGGAGGAGGAGGCCAAGUUUACGAUUGAGCUGGGUAAGAACCAGAAGAAGGACGGGGAUGACAGUGAUGACGAGGCCAAGAGCGGCAAGAAGAAGGCAAAGAAGGGAAAGAAAGGAAAGUAG